CGACGCUAUGUGUGUGAUGUACCACAGUGUGGCACCCCCUUCUUUCGCCCUGAGCAUCUUUCCCGGCAUGUCAAGUCCAAGCACUCGGGUGCGAGGGAGUUCGGUUGCAGGGUACCCGAAUGCAAAACACUGUUCUCGCGCGGCGACAACUUGCGCGACCACUACUGGACACAU